CACUCACCACCAGCACCCGGUGACUCUUGACUCGAAGGCGUUCUGCGGCCAGUCGAGCAACGUCCUCACUACGGCUGCGGACAACCUCAAAGAAGCGUCUUAGCAGCCGCCCGUGAGCUGCUGAACGGUUCGUCCAGCUAGAAAUCCGAAAGACGCUGACGACAAGCUCCACUCAGCGCUUUCAACAUGCCGGUCCCCGAAAAGAUCGCUGGUGACUGGGCGCCUGCCGCCUAUCGGACAGUCGCGGAGGAGCUCACAUCCACCAUCGAUCUUGGCGGCUCAGCAUCUGAGAUUAUCGACUCGCUCGUGCACAUUCACUACUCUGUAUAUGCGGCCGCCGAGAGGCUGAAGAAGCGUCAGGGUCGGAGGCUGUGGAUGGGACCAAGGAGCUUCUUAGACUUCAUUCAUCACUAUGUCUCGCUCACAAACGAGAAGCGUUCUGCGCUCGAAGAAGAGCAACGACACCUCAAUGUUGGUCUUGACAAGCUCAAAGAGACUGUCUGGGCUGUGGAGGAGCUAAGGAAGUCGCUCGCUGUCAAGGACACGCAGCUGAAGGCAAAGAAUAAGGAGGCUAAUGACAAGCUGCAGCGAAUGGUAGCAGAUCAGAAGCAAGCUGAGGACAGGAAAGUGGAGUCGGAGCGAAUGCAAAAGGAGCUCGUCCGACAGCAGGAGGGUAUCGUGGUGCGGCGUGAAGAAGUCGAGGCCGAGCUGGCCAAUGCCGAACCCGCAGUGCAAGACGCAAAGGCCGCUGUCAGCAACAUCAAGAAACAGCACCUGACAGAAGUUCGUUCGAUGGGAAAUCCGCCUGCACCGGUCAAGAAUGCGAUGGAGAGCGUCUGCAUCGCUCUGGGUCACAAAGUAGACAGCUGGAAGACUGUGCAAGGUAUCAUUCGCCGAGACGACUUCAUUGCGUCCAUCGUCAACUUCGACACGGAGAGGCAGAUGAACAAGGCUGUGCGCGACAAGAUGCGUCGCGACUACCUCUCAAAGCCAGACUACAAUUUCGAGCAGAUCAACCGCGCUUCCAAGGCUUGUGGCCCACUAGCGAAGUGGGUCAUUGCGCAGGUGGAGUACUCGGACAUUUUGGACAAGGUCGGUCCGCUGAGAGAGGAAGUCAAUGCGCUCAGUGAAGAGGCAGAAAGAUCACAAGCAGCAGCUGCAGCGACAUUGGACAUUAUUGCCCAAACGGAACGGGACAUCGCGCGCUACAAAGAGGAGUACGCCGCAUUGAUCAGCGAGGUGCAGGCCAUCAAGAGCGAGAUGGAAAGAGUGCAGACGCGUGUCAACAGGAGUAUUCAACUACUCGACAGUCUCGGAUCCGAAAAGCAGAGGUGGGACAGCGCAAGCAAGACCUUUGACACCCAAAUGAGCACCAUCGUUGGCGACGCUCUUCUCUGUGCUGCAUUUCUGACGUAUGCUGGAUACUUUGACCAACAAUACCGCGAAGGUCUGUGGACAGGCUGGGUGGAUCACCUCACUGGAGCAGAAGUCAAAUUCAAGUCGGGAUUGAGCUUCACGGAAUACCUGUCUACAGCUGAUGAGCGCUUGGAUUGGCAAUCGAAAGGCCUGCCAUCCGACGCACUUGCUACUGAAAACGCCAUUAUGCUACAACGCUUCAGGCGCUACCCUCUUCUUCUGGAUCCUUCUGGUCAGGCGACCGCCUUCUUGCAAAAGUGGUACCAGGAUCGAAAGCUCACAGUCUCCUCAUUCCUGGACGAAGCAUUCGUCAAGAACCUCGAAUCUGCGCUGCGUUUCGGCCAGCCUAUGCUCGUCCAAGACGUCGAGAAUUUGGACCCCAUCGUCAAUCCAGUCCUGAACGGCGAGCUCAGACGCACUGGUGGCAGAGUGUUGAUCCGGGUCGGCACCCAAGAAAUCGACUUUAGCCCCUCUUUCACGAUGUUUUUGUCUACGCGCGAUCCAUCAGUGGAGUUCACGCCGGAUGUUUGCUCGCGGGUCACCUUUGUCAACUUCACAAUGACUCGCGAGUCCCUCCAAAGUCAAAGUCAAGAUCAAGUGCUCAAGGCCGAACGACCCGACACGGACAAGAAGCGCACGGACCUGAUGAAGCUGCAAGGAGAAUUCCAGCUUCGCCUGCGCCAUUUGGAGAAGAGCCUUCUAAACGCGCUCAAUGCUAGUGAAGGCAACAUUUUAGAUGAUGACAAGGUGAUCGAUACCCUCGAAACUUUGAAGAAAGAGGCUCGCGAGGUCACCACAAAGGUAGAAGAAACGGAAGCUAUCAUGCAAGAUGUAGACGCCGUCACUCGACAGUACGAACCACUUGCCAAGGCAUGCUCUUCCCUUUUCUUCGUGCUCGACCAGCUCAACCUCGUCAAUCACUUUUACCAGUUCUCACUCCGAUUUUUUCUGGAUAUCUUUGACUUUGUGCUGCGCCGCAACCCUCAUCUUCAGGGUGUCUCAGAACCCUCGGAGAGGCUUCGGAUUCUAACCCGCGACCUCUUCUUGGUGGUGUACAAGCGCACCAGUCGAGCUCUUGCACAUCGAGACCACGUCAUGCUUGGAGCUCUCUUGGCACAAAUUUGGAGUCGCGAAGGGUCGGAGCCUGAGGCGCUCGACUCUGAGGAGUACGACUUCCUGCUCGAGGGCGGAGAUGUAGUUGGUCAACCUCCUGCCUCGACAGGAGGCAUCUUGGAUCAAAUCUUCUCUCCAGAGCAACGCCAGCGAGUCGAAGCUUACAAGCGGCUACCUGUAUUUCGCGGCUUGACAAAUCACGCGGAGCAGCAUUCGGACGAGUGGCGAGAAUUCCUAGCGUCUGCAACUCCAGAGACCGCUGUGCCACGCUUCUGGCCAGAGACAACAGAUCUCGCGGACCUCGUGAGGCGCAUCUUGGUUGUCAAAUGUCUGCGGUCGGACAGAAUCGUGCAAGCGAUGACGACACUUGUCAACACAGUGUUCGGUGCAGACAUACUUGCCGACACGGCUUAUGAUCUGAAGAGCAUCGUAUCCGAUGAAGUAGGUGCUCAAACUCCAAUCGCGCUGUGCUCCGUGCCUGGCUUCGACGCCAGCUACCGAGUUGAUCAGCUGGUGCGAUCAACAGGUGUGAAGUGCAUCAGCGUUGCUAUGGGAUCCGCCGAAGGUUUCGCACAAGCUGAUCAAGCCAUUUCAAACGGUGUGAGGACCGGCCAGUGGGUUCUUCUGAAGAACGUGCACUUGGCGCCAGAAUGGCUCUCUCAGCUUGAGAAGAAGCUUUCGACCACCACACCGAAUCGCAAUUUCCGACUAUUUCUUACUUGCGAGACUGUACCAUCAAUCCCUGUCAACUUCUUGCGAGCCUCGCGGAUCCUCAUGAACGAGCCGCCUCCCGGUAUCAAGGCGAGCAUGCUGGACAGUCUUCGAGGCAUCGCUCCAAGCCGUCUGCAAAAGGGACCUGCAGAAUCGAUGCGGCUGUUCUUCUUGCUAUCCUUCCUGCAUGCCACUCUGACCGAGCGUCUGCGCUACACGCCUCUCGGUUGGUCGAAGACGUUCGAGUUCAAUGACUCUGAUGCUGAGACAGCACUGGACACCAUAGAUGCAUGGGUUGGAAGGGUUGCCAAAGGUCGCGCCAACAUUGAUCCAGCAAGCAUUCCUUGGGACGCACUGCGGUCACUGAUCAAGACCACCGUGUAUGGCGGCAAGAUCGACAACGAAACAGAUCAGCUGCUUCUCGACACUUUUGUCAAUGCUAUUUUCACCCCUGCAGCGUACGAGUCCGCCUUUCCUCUAGUCGACAAUGAGCAAAUGCCGCUCAUUGCUCCAGAGGGAACGCAAAUGGACCAGUUCAUUGCGUGGGUGCAAAAGCUGCCCGAACAGCAGCCUCCCCAGUGGCUCUCGCUUCCGCCAACUGCAGAGCGAGUCAUCGCGACAGCGCAAGGUGCUGCCCUGCUCAACAAGCUCGUGCGUAUGCGUGAGCUCGCGGACGAUGACGACGUGGCCCCAACUGCGGCGACUACUGCGCCGCAUGAGGGCACGGCGUCCUCUAGCGCUCACGCCCAGCCAGUGUGGAUGAAGACCCUACAACAAAACGCCAUCGAAUGGCUGAAAGUUUUGCCUGGGGAUAUUUCGAAGCUGACGGGCACCUCUUCGAGCAUUGCGGACCCUCUGUUCCGUUUUUGGGCCCGCGAGCACCGGACUGGUGCGUCGUUGCUAAAGACAGUACGUUCAGAUCUCGAGGAAGUCGUGUCCGUUUGUGCCGGAGAGACGCGGCAGAACAAUCACAACCGAAAUUUGCUGAACGACUUGCCCAAAGGUGUGAUACCAGCAUCGUGGAAGCAGUACGCGACACCCAAAGCAAUGUCUUUGGGUCUUUGGAUCGCCGACCUCACACAACGUCUUGCCCAGCUGGAAAGCGUCACCAAAGAGAAUCGGUACGACCGCUUUGCCGUCGUGCUGGGUCUACUCUUCUCGCCGGGCGCGUACUUGACCGCUACGAGACAAGCUGUCGCUCAUACGACACGCGUCAGUCUGGAAAACCUCAAGCUUGAUCUGCGCGUCAAUGAUGGGGGUCGCACAGAGAAUGGCUUCGCGAUUGAAGGUCUCAAACUGGAAGGAGCAGACUGGCUAGAAACCUUUCUCGACGUCAACGAUGGGCGCACAGUCAGCUUGUCGCGCAGCAGCAUUCUCUGGCUCGACGGAGCUGCUGACGGCGCGGACCCGACGGAUACGCCGUCAUCUGCGCCUGCGCGGCACGUUCCAAUCACCGUCUACCUGAACGGCGACCGCGACAACACGUUGUUUCAUGUCAAGCUACCAGCAGCUCAAAGCUUGCCCGUGGCCACGGUCGCUCAGAGGGCUGUCGCAGUCCGAGCAGCUUGACCAAGCAGCAUCUUUUGCUUGUCAAAGCCGAUGUGAUUGCAAGCAGACCAGACCUGUAGCGUCUGCGGUCGAAUGUGUUGGCGUUUUGUAAUUGUACAGAUUGCGUAGAAACAUGAUGAUGUGCGGGUA